AUGUCUGGAAUUCCUGACUGCAAAAAGUUGUGGAGGUUAGAUGACGAGAAGUAUCUAAAGAAGAGCUUGGUCGAUUUUAAUAAGAUUGAGGAAUUGAGGGCAAUGAGGAUUGGCUCAAAAGAGGAGAGUGAUUGCAGCUUCUCAGCCAUGGACCAACAUUCUGACAAUUCCCCAGCUCACAGGUUGGAAUCUAUUGCCUCCCUUCUAGGGUGCAGCAUUACUGAUGAGAAGCUUGCAAAUCAUUUGGAUCAAGAAGAUGAAUUGCGACAUAUUAGAGACCAAUUCUAUACACCCAAAAUGAAAGACCUCUCUUUUGUUGACCAAACUUUGGUAAAGGCAGAGGAUGACAGUAUUUAUUUCAGUGGAAACUCCCUUGGGUUGCAGCCAAAGAAAACAAAGAUUUAUGUAAAUGAAGAACUGGAUAACUGGGCCAAAUUAGGUGUUCAUGGGCAUUUUGUUGGUGCCUUUCCUUGGGCUUUAGCAGAUGAGUGCUUGGUUGAACAAAUGGCUAACUUAGUCGGUGCUAAAAAGGAAGAAACUGCAUUGAUGAAUGGACUAACUGUGAACUUACAUCUCCUGCUGCUGUCCUUCUACAAACCAACAUCAAAUAGACAUAAGAUUCUCAUGGAAGCUAAAGCAUUUCCUUCUGAUCAUUAUGCAGUGGAGUCUCAAAUCCGGCUUAAAGGACUAGAUCCAAAGGAAAGUAUGCUAUUGUUGUCUCCAGAAGAGGGAGAAGAAACCCUAAGAAGUGAAAAUAUUUUAUCUACAAUAGAAAAAGAAGGUGACAGCAUCUCUGUGAUUCUGUUCAGUGGAGUACAAUAUUACACUGGGCAGCUGUUUGACAUGCUUUCAAUAACAAGGGCAGGACACGCUAAGGGAUGCUAUGUUGGUUUUGACCUUGCUCAUGCUGUUGGGAAUGUAGAGCUGCAUCUGCACGACUGGAAUGUGGACUUUGCCUGUUGGUGUAAUUACAAGUAUUUGAACUCUGGCGCUGGAGCCUUGGCAGGUGCUUAUAUACAUGAAAAACACAGAUUUACAAUAAAGCCAACGUUAGUCGGUUGGUGGAGUCACAACUUCAAAACAAGAUUUGAGAUGGACAAUAAUCUCGACUUAAGUUUUGGCGUGAAUGGAUUUCGAAUCUCAAAUCCACCUAUCUUAUUGGUUCGUUCACUUCAAGCUGGCUUAGAGAUCUUCAAUCAAACUGACAUGAAAGCUCUGCGGAGAAAAUCUGUUUUACUUACUGGUUACUUGGAGUGCCUGAUCAAACAUUACUUUUCAAAGGUUCCAGAUAAUCCACAGAAACCAUAUGUCACUAUCAUUACUCCCUCUGAUAGUGAAGAACGAGGCUGCCAACUCUCAUUGGUUUUUUCAAGAUUUACCAAGUCAAUUCUCGUGGAAUUGAUGAAAAGAGGAGUUACUUGUGACCAGAGGGAACCAAAUGUCCUACGAGUUGCUCCUGUGCCUCUUUACAAUUCCUAUCAUGACGUGUACAAAUUCAUCAAGGUGUUGAAUGAAUCAUUCAAGGCCACAGGGCACCAAGUCAAUGACGAAGCUUCUGUAUAA